AUGGGCUUCCCCAGUUCAGGCCCUUCUCCCACUCUGCCUCACCAGCACACUGCUUCCUGUGAAGAUGAUUUCCACGUCACCCAGAGGGAGCAUUUUCUCCCCAUUUUACAGAGGCUGUGGACGCAUACGGUCCGGAAGCCUGGUUUCCAGCUCCGUGGCCCAUCCCUGGCUGCGGGGCGUGGAAGCUCCCAUAAGGUAGCGGUGGCCGGCAGCGGCCCCGUCCCGGCAGCAAGCCAUGGGCCAGAAGCUCUCGGGAGCCUCAAGUCGGUGGAGGUGCGAGAGCCGGCACUGCGGCCAGCCAAACGCGAGCUGCGGGGAGCGGAGCCGGGGCGGCCGGCGCGGCUAGACCAGCUACUGGACAUGCCGGCAGCGGGGCUGGCGGUGCAGCUGCGGAACGCGUGGAACCACGAGGACCGCUCGCUCAACGUCUUCGUCAAGGAUGACGAUCGACUCACCUUCCACCGGCACCCAGUAGCUCAGAGCACUGACGGCAUACGCGGCAAGGUGGGCCACGCCCGCGGCCUGCACGCCUGGCAGAUCCAUUGGCCGGCGCGGCAGCGGGGCACGCACGCCGUGGUGGGCGUGGCCACGGCGCGCGCCCCGCUGCACUCGGUGGGCUACACGGCGCUGGUGGGCAGCGACGCCGAGUCGUGGGGUUGGGACUUGGGCCGCAGCCGCCUCUACCACGACGGCAAGAACCGGCCCGGUGUGGCCUACCCCGCCUUCCUCGGGCCUGAGGAGGCCUUCGCGCUGCCCGACUCGCUGCUCGUGGUGCUGGACAUGGACGAGGGCACGCUCAGCUUCGUCGUCGAUGGCCAGUACCUGGGUGUGGCCUUCCGUGGCCUCAAGGGCAAGAAGCUGUAUCCGGUGGUGAGUGCCGUGUGGGGCCACUGCGAAGUCACCAUGCGCUAUAUCAACGGCCUUGACCCUGAGCCUCUGCCAUUGAUGGACCUGUGCCGGAGAUCCAUCCGCCUGGCCCUGGGCCGCCAGCGCCUUCAGGACAUCGGCUCCCUGCCUCUGCCUCAAUCUCUCAAAAACUAUCUGCAGUACCAGUGAUCUGGGGGCUGAGGGGCAGCAGGGGGCACCCUCAGCCCUGGGUCAUCAUUUCCCGGUCACACAGGGCUCCCUCCUCGCCCUGGUUCCCCAGGACAUUCAGAUUCAGUGCUUUGAAAGGCCAGGAUGUCUUCCCAACUUUGAAAACGGAAGGUCUGUUGCCAACCGAUUUGCUGCCUUGGGAGCAGCCCUCUCAAGUCAGACACCUCCUCGGAAGCCGCGAUGACCCUGGAGCCUGUGUCGGGCGGAGAUCCUGCCCGCUGCCAGGCAGGACACAGCGGCCACCAGUAUUGAUCUGAGAGCCUGUUUCCCUAUUCAAGAGAAUGAAUAAAACAUUGGGGCAGGAGACUGUAUUGUGAGCCCCAGUGCAGUCAGGGCCAGGGGAAAAUGGGCCAGCUGCGGCAGGAGAUUGCCUCUGAAUAAUGAAUGGUGAAAGCAGCUUGAAGCUGGCGCCCCUCUGGCCCCCCCGCCUCCCCCGGGGCCAGGGCAGCAGGAUUCUGUGCCCCUUUGGAGGACUGAUACCCAGGAAUGCCCAGCUGCGGAACUGGCAAGCGGCAAAGCGGUAUUGAGGACCCCCCCCCCCAGCUUACCUCUGAACCCUUGUUUACUUCCCCUCAUGCGCCCUCCUUCCCCACCCACACACCCGGUCUCUGGAUGCCCCCGGCACCCACCUCUAUUCAGGGAAGAGUCUGACGAUUUCACCCAGGGACAGAGUGUAUCCUUUAUUAUUAUUAUUGUUUUAAGUAGCAUCGAAUUUUAAAAGAGGAGUGUGGUGAGGGCAGUACGUAGUCCAAAGGUGCUAAUGGGGCAGUUGGGGGCCUGGUGACACCCAUGGGGGUGAUGUCUUCUGCCUGGGGAGCCUUCCUGGGGUAUUGAGGGUUUCCAGGCAACCAUCACUUCAGGAUGCAGCCUGGCUGCCACAAAGCUUUAUUUGAGCGAAUUAUUUUUUCACUUUAGGAGACUUGUUCGGGUUUGUUUCUGUUUCACUUGCCCACAUGCGCGCGUGCAUGU